AUGCCGUACUUAGCAGAGACGAAAGUUCCAGCUAUACUCUAUGCGAAAAUCAUAACCGAGUCACAAAGUCACUAUAUGACCAAGCCUACUUUGACCAUAGGUCGAAGCAGCAACAAAACUGCUGGGUUGGCUUCGGAGUAUACCUUAUGGUUGCCCUCUCGGGACCGUGCAGUGUCCCGAAUCCACGCAACAAUCGCGUUGAACGUAGAUAUGCAGAGUUUCGAACUAUUUGUUCAGGGGAAAAACGGGAUGGAAGUGAACGGAUCGUUCGUUUGCCCGAAUAGCGCACCUGUUCAGCUUCGAAGCCAGGACGUUCUGCAGGCCGGCUCUUGUACGCUUUGGUUUCUCCUGCCUUGCGCGAAAGGACUUGGACCUCGGAAAAGGAAGAAACUAGGCGGUGCAGACUUGCGGUACAAGACGCCUCUUACUAUGGCUCAGAGUGAGCAAGGAGGGCAUCGAGCACCGCUUACGGAGAGCAAGAUUUCUCAGCGCCUCAUCAACGACUUGCCACAAUACCUCGGUGAACUCAUCGCUUCUGCGGAGGGGCAUAGAAUGCUCUAUGACGACAUAGUCGACCGCGUGUUCGAGCUGCAUCCAAAUGUCCACGACCACAUGUGGAUUAAAAGCGCGAUCCGGCAUACACUUGCGCUCAAUGACUAUUUCGAAACGGUCGUGGUAGGCAAUCAGGCGGUCUGGACUCUCAAGCCGCAGCAUCUUUCGCGAUUCCUUCACAAACGGAAUCCGGGGUCUCUAGAAAAGGAUGAAAAGGUUGAAAGUUCUCAGAAAAAUGAAACUGCUGUGAAGUCAGCUGUUUCCUGA